AUGCCAGCUGUACCGGCCGUGGCCGAGGAGGUCGAGGCCGCAGCGCAACUGGAGGAUCUGGACGAGCCUCCAGAGCCACGAGUCCGCGGAGCGACCGGAAGAGCCGGCCUGAUGAAGCCUUUGGUAGUCCUAGCACUUCCUGGCAUGUACCUCUUCUACAAGUACAGCCAGUACAGGCGGGAACAGCGCGAGCUGUCGCGGCGAAGGGUCACCGAAAGGGAGCUUCAGCAUCUUCAUCACAAAAUCGAUAAAUUGUUGACGAAACUGGAGGAGAACGAGCCGGAGUUGGCCUCCUCGCAGGAAGACGAGUGCGUGAUAUGCGUGAACGCAAGGGCCACGAUGCAGACGGCUCCGUGUGGGCAUCGAGUGGUUUGCAGACGCUGUUUCGUCAAGACGAUACAAAUGGCUGUCUCGCAGAGACUGUUACCACUACGAUGUGUCAUAUGCAGAGCGAAGAUCCUGCGCCUGAAGCAGACCCUAAUUCCACGGGACUAUUCGAUGUCUGGGAAGUCCUGGGUGCUGCCGCAGAGCGCGUCAGAGUACAAUAUGGGCACCGGGAUCUCCGUGGGUGUGACUGGCCCCGGUGGCAGAUGGGUCGCCGGCAACGUACCCGCCUCCGCGUCCCUGUACUCCAUGGCCAGCGGUUCGUCCUCUAUUUCUGGAGUGUCUUCCGUAUCUUCGUCAAGUUCGUCUUCAGCGGGUAGCACAGGAAGUUCUGGGCUGGGUAAACCAACAAGGGUCAGGCAACCGUCUGGCGCGACGUUGAGACGCUCGCAGACACAAUCCAUGAAACUGAGGAUUCAGGAGUACCAGGAUCCAGUUCCGCAAGUUGGGGAGGAGGAGGAGAUCAUGAGGGACAACCGGGAACGCAGAUUGCCACCGAUCAAGGAGUUCCAGAGGGACUAUCGCGCGGGAAAAGCCUCUACUAGGAUACGGUGCGCUCAAAAGAUCGUAACCCAAUUGGAGACCUCGCCGAGUCCUCGGGGCUCGUCUAGCGGCGUCACGCCGACCUCCUCGUCGUCUGUGAGGUUGACGUCGAAGAGGCCACAGUCGACACCGAAACUCUCGGUGGUCCAAGAGGUCCAGAAGUCGAAGAAGGAGAAAGAACGGGAGAAGGAGAGGGAGAAAGCGGAGAAGGCACGUCAGAAAGAAGAGGAGAAGGCUGAGAAGACCAGGCAGAAGGAGGCGAAGAAGCUGGCUAAAGAAGAGAAGAAGCGGGCCAAAAAGGAGGCGAAGGCGAGACGAAAGGAGGCCGAGGAGGCGAUGAUCAGGGAGGAAAAGUAG